CCUUCCUCCUGCUCCAGCAUGAAGAGCACCCGGAGCUGCUGCUCCAUGCAGAGCUCCGAUGUGGCAGACCUGAUCCUGACGGGGCUCCCGGCGCCGGUGUCGCGGCGCCCCGGCAGCGCCUCUCCUGCCAAGCUCAUGGCACGCUCCGUGUCCGUGGCUGCCGACGGCAAGGCCAAGAGGAACGCCCCGGAAGAUGCGGGAUCCCGGGCCAUGAACAACCUGCGCAGGUCCAACAGCACCACGCAGGUGAACCAGCGGGUGAACAGCUCCCACAGCACGGAGCAAACAGAAGACUUCCUGGCCUUCUUUGAGGACGAUCCAGGAGGAAGGAAGAAACUGGCAACUCUGAGCAAAACCUCCCCGGAAAAGAAAACCACAUGGAAUAUCUUGGAUGACCAACCCCGGGCGUUCCCUGGCCCCUCUGGCUCCCAGGGCCUCGAGCUGCCCUCGGGCAUGAGGAGGAAGGAAGCCACGGUGCUCCUGGCUGCCAACUUCACUGCCAACAACAGGAGCAACAAGGGCGCAAUGGGCAACUGUGUCACCACCAUGGUGCACAACAACUACUCCACUGCUGAGAGGGGCCCUGCUCCCAAGAGCUCCAACCAGGCUCCCAGUUCCCUCAACAACGUCAUCAAAGCGACCUCGAACGAGGAUGGGGAAGGCAGCAGCAGCUUUGUGAAGUCUCAGAAGAAUUUCUCCAGCAACAACAUCAUGACCCACAACAACAACAACAGCAGCAGCAGCAGCGUUCCCCGGAGGAGGGAGGUGACCGAGGAGGAGGCUGAGAGGUUCAUCCAGCAGGUGAACCUGGCUGCUGUCACCAUCCAGCGCUGGUACCGGCGGCACUCGCAGCGGCGCAGGACGGCGGCUGCGGCUCUGGGGCGCCUGAUGGCUGCCAAGAGGGAGGAAAGGCAGCAGCGGAUGGAGGAGGGGAAUAUCCUGGAUUUGCAGGAGAGGAAGGACGAGGAACGCCGGAAGAUCCGAGAGGAGAAGGCACGGCUGGCUCGGCACGCUGCCAUCCAGGAGCUGCAGCAGAAAAGGGCCCAAAAAGCCUCGGAGACGAAGCGCUCGGCAGAAGAGCUGGUGCUGGUGAAGGAGAGCAGGAGGGUGCCCAAGAAGAAGCCUGGUGCCAAAGCUGCCUCAGGCAGGAAUGUCAGCCCAGCCGGCAGCCUCACCAAAGCCAACAACACCCAGGCCAAUUCCCCCUCGGCUGCAGGGGAGCUGGAAGGAAACGGCCUGGGAGCUCUUGGCUCCGUGCCCUCACAGGACCCCAGGGCAGAAGACAAACUGCAGGAUGUGAGCUCCAGGGAGACGGGUAACGAGGACCUGGAGACAGCAGUGGCUGCUGGCAGUGGGGCUCCGUCCAAGGUCACGCUCAAUGAGCUGCUGGACACCCUCAGGCUGCUGGAGGAAGAGCCAGAGCUGCUGCCCCCACCCAAGCUCCUCAAGAAGGACAGAUAUGCCUGGAUGGACAGGCAGGAGCCCAGCUCCAAUUCCCUGACUGCUGAUAACUUGGAGAAGUUUGGGAAGCUGAACCACCCGCCAGGGGUCCCCGAGGACGGGGCUCUGCUCUCGGAGGCCAAGCUGCAGAGCAUCAUCAGUUUCCUGGAUGAGAUGGAGAAGUCGGAGCAGGAGAGGCCCAGGUCGGCCGCCUCAGCCGCACAGCGGGAGAGCUUCCUUUUGGAAGAGGAGCUGGCUCACGUGGAGCAGGUGUCGGCUGUUGCCACGGAGGUGACAAGCUCCAUGAUGAGGCUGAAGCUGGAAGUGGAGGAGAAGAAGAGAGCCAUCAGCCUGCUGCAGACUGCUCUGGCUCAGCAGCGGGAACUGACCGACCGACACGUCAAACAGACCGAGAAGGAGCUCGGCCACCAGCUCAGGCUGCAGAGGGAGCAGUAUGAGGCAGCUAUCCAGAGGCACCUGGCCUUCAUUGACCAGCUCCUCGAUGACAAGAAGGUGCUGAGUGAGAAGUGUGAGGCUGUGGUGGCAGAGCUGAAACAAGUGGACCACAAGUACGGCCAGAAGAUCACGCAGAUGCAGGAGCAGCACGAGCUGGUCUGGCGCACUUUGGGCCCCUUUUGUGAGGAGAUUAAAAAACUGAAAGAACUCAUGAGCGCAACUGAGAAAGUCCGGCGGGAGAAGUGGAUUGAGGAGAAAACCAAAAAGAUCAAAGAAAUCACGGUGAAAGGGCUGGAGCCGGAGAUCCAGAAGCUGGUGGCCAAGCACCGCGAGGACAUCCGGCAGCUGAAGCUGCUGCACGAGGCCGAGCUGCUGCAGUCGGACGAGCGGGCGGCGCUGCACUACGGGCGGCAGGCGCAGGAGCUGCGGGGGCUGCUGGAGCGGGAGAAGGAGGAGCAGAGCCAGCGGGAGCGGGAGCGCGCCCGCCAGAGGUGCGUCACUCCGGGCUCAGCUCUGCUUGGGGCUCACAGCUCUGCCCAGCACCAGUCUGCUGCUGGCAUCCUGAUAUUUGCAGCUCCACGGGGAGCAGCCCCUUGCUCUGCACCGGCCUCAGGUGGGCGAUGCUGCUGAGCUGGGAGCAUCCUC